GAUGUGCCCCAGCUGACACAUCCUGUCAGUUGCAGGCUCUGUCGUUCAUCUGUCGGCUCCAGGAGGGUGCAGGCUGCAAGGGUCUGGGCAUGUCUCCCCACUUGACCACUGUCCUGGCCCUUGCGCUCUGCCUGGGCCCGGUGCUCCAAGCACAGGAAGGGGUCCUGCCCAGACCCUCCAUCUGGGCGGAGCCGGGCUCUCUGAUCCCCCAGGGGCAGCCGGUGACCAUUGUUUGCCAGGGACCCGCGAAGGCUGAGACAUUCCGCCUGGAGAAGGAGGGAAAUGACCUACACCCAGAUGUGCGGAACCCACAGCAUGAGACGCAGGCCAGAUUCCCCAUCCCCGUGGCGAGUGAAGACACUGCUGGGCUCUAUCGCUGCCUCUAUCAUAACGGUGUCGCCUGGUCUAAACGCAGUGAGCCACUGCAGCUGAACGUGACAGGAGACCCACAGAUGCACUGGGAGGACAGUAACAGUCCCGGACUACUAUGCAUUGCAGAGAUUUUAUACCUAGGCCUGUCAACAGAGCAUGUUUCUGUCCUCACUGGGGUCUCUGUGACCUUGUUCCUUUGUGUCUUCCUCCUGGUCCUCAUCUUGCUCUAUUAUCAGCACCAGAAAAAACACAGCCCCCCCGGCAGCAAAGGUGAAGAGCAGAGGCCCCAGGAGAGGGUUAGCCCGGCUGUUGACAUCCUAGAGAGGACACCAGAUCUGGCCGCAGUCGACAGACUUCCUGAAAAGGACGGGGAAAUGCUUCGCACCCCAACCCCUACUGCAGGAGGCCCCCCAGACGUGACAUAUGCUCAGCUGGACCACUGGAUCCUCACACAGAGGACAGCCCAAGCCGUAUCCCCGCGGUCCAUGGAACCCACAGCUGAGUCCAGCACAUAUGCGGCCCUCGCCAGACACUGACUCCAGGCCCAGCUGGCCUCCACUCCUAGACACACAGGAAGCCAUUCCUGCAGAAGCGUGAAGUGGCCGUUUGGAGGGCUUCCGGGUGGAAUCAUCCCUUUCUGGAAAGCCAUGCAGUCAGAUUUCCUGGAGGCAAGAACUGGUGUCAGGAGGCCUCUAAUCAACAUCUAGGAGAUGCACGAACCAUGCGGUCCCUCCUAAAAUCCACUAGAUCCUUGGAGAGAACGUGUAGCCCUUAUUUCCAAAGACCCAGCUAUGGACUCCAGACUCCUGGCAGUUUCCAGAGACUCAGCUAUAGUCACUUGGCUGUUUCCAGAGACCCAGCUGUGGUCUCCCAGUCACACAAGUGAUUCCAGAUGUGUCCUGUGUAUCCCUAACUGCCCCCCAGAGGCUCUGAUUUAAUUGUCCACUCUAAAGGCCUUCCAGAGUUCCAGAGUUGACCUUGAACCUGGACUACACAUGGGCAGCUGAUAGCUGAGAUGCUGUUUUCUGGAUUAUGCUUCUCUUUGUUCAUCAAUAAAAGUUUUCACAGC